AGAUGACCCCAGGGGACCCUUCCAACUUCUAACCAUUUGAUGAUUCUGUGAAAUCUGCUGCUGCUGCUGCUCCUUGGCAUUUUGCAAAGCCAGCCGCCUCUUCCGUGGCAGGAGCCCUGCGGUGAGCUCAGCCUUCUCAAGAUUUCAGCCCAUGAAGUAAGAGUUUGUUGUUGAGAGCCAGGUGCCCACCCUCCUUCCCGGUGCCGCUUGCCCAAGCCUCGCCCCGGAGCUGGAUCUCAGCCAAGACGUCUUCAGGCAGCUGAGAUGAGUGCAGCCGAGAGAGAAACCGAGUGCAAUAGGGGAGGCAAAGGAGCACGCCGUGGAGUUGCCGGAGAGAGGAGAGGGAUAUGAUGUGGCGCACAGCACUUUCUCCCUCCCCGUUUUUUAUCCUACAACAACGCUGCGAGGUAGACUUAAGGAUGACUCGGAACCCGAUCUACGACUACCCCGAGCCUUAUGCCAACCCACGGCACGGGACGGUGUCCUCCCCCCGGAGCAUCAGCCUCGUGGGACGACUGCGCCUCACUCAGCCAGUUUGGCUCCAGCUGGGCAUCAACUCGGCCGCUGCACUUCACAUCCUUCAGCGUGAACCUCCCGGGACAUUUUUAGUGCGGAGAUCAAAUACACGGCAAUGUCAAGUCUUGUGUUUACGCCUCCCCGACAAUUCAUCGCCGGCUUUCGUGACGACCCAUUGCUUAUGCCAGGAGCGUGCAGUCAUCUUCCUAGAGGGCUCGGAUUUGACCUUCCCCAGCCUCCUGCACCUCAUUGCUUCCUACUGCAUAACCCCGGACAUCCUCCCUCUUUCUCUGCGCCUUCCUCUGCUCAUCUGGGAGGCCUCAUCCUGCCAGCAGCUGGAGGCCAUCGCUCAUUUGGGGCUUGAAUUUUGGAGCUCAUCCCUGAACACUAAGGAUUUCAGCAGGCCUAUUCCGCCGGUGCCUCUUUCCGGCCCGGACAAGGGCCUCACGAGCGACACCCAGGUGGGGAGCUGUGCAAAGCUGGUUUGCGGACAACCUGCCAGAUCCCAUGAUAUUCCAACCCCCCCGCCAGCUGACGGAACUCUGCACAAGGAUGUGGGCACCCGGCGCCAGCGCUUCAAGAACAACGUCAAGGUCCAAGUGUCCACAGAGGCUGUCAGCCCCCUGUCCCCCCCGGCGGUCCCACCGCCCCCCAUUCCCGUUGGGAAAAAGAAGAAAAAGAACCUGCCCCACCCUCCUGUCCCCGGUGGGAGAAGCCAGUUACCCAACCGCAACCCUUUCCCUCAAGAUUCCUCACAGGCUCCGGCGAGGUUGGAAACUUACAGCAUACCCCAGAGCAAGAAGGAGGAGCUUAUGGGUCAAGCUGGGCACCCUUUAACCCCUGGUCCUUCUUCACAGCAGCCACUGCAUGUUACGGAAGAGGACCAGUCUGGGUUAUCUUGCCCGGGUCACUUUUUCCAGGAACAAGAAAGGGGCAGGUUCGGCAACGGAGUAAAAGGCUGCCUUCUUCCGUCUUCCGAGCCUUCUUGAGCGCCGAUUCCUGGAGCUGGGCUUUUGGGGGAACUUUGAUGACGCAAACAGGGCCAGGAGGUGUUCCCAAAGAAGGCAAGGAUGUCAACAUUAUUAGAGCAAGUGGGUGAAUGGGUCCUAUCCUAGAUUUUGAAUGGGAAUCUGGAGCCAGGGAGCGACACUCUAGCCUUCAGUGCUUAGGAGAGGUAGGAGAGAGAGAGAGAAGAAAAUGUAAUGGAAGGACGGGGAGGGUUGGUGCUCUGGCUUUCCAUUUGCCAGCAGGGUGGAUGGGAUUUGUAGUUUCACGACAUCUGGAAGGCUACAGGCUCCCCACCCAAAAUAUAAUUGCAUCCAAUAAGCUACUGGAACUUUUCUUGUGUUUUUUUCCCUUGCACCUUUAGUUUUUUGUAAACUAAACUUGUUGCUGUUUGAUGUCCUCUCUCCUAGAGGGGGAAGAGUGUUACACCAUUGCUGAGUCAUGUUUUGCUGUUAAUAAAUAUAAACUACAAUUUCUUAA